UGUAUUGAUAUUGCUGUUCUAUAGCUUGGGUAUGUGAUGAUCAUGCAUGCGGAAGACCGACUCUAUAGAAUACUCCGCGCGGUCAGCCGCAAACAUGAGUUCAAGCAGGCUUGUGGACGAAGAAGGUCAUCACAAAGACCCAACAACGUGCCCCACGACUACGACCAAGUCUUCUCUUCCCUUCCCAGCCCAUUCAAUACACUUUCCCUGCUCAGCGUCUAGAAUACGAGUCGCUCGAUCUUUUUAAUGCCCUCUUUCUAUCUGUAUUUCCAUGCAAAUGAGUUCUACUGCUCCCCCAUCUUCCCCUUCUUACGCUUCAUCUGUGUUAUGCCUCACUGACUCGGACCCAAAGCCAUGGACGACAUCCUGUCUCAAGUCUUUGACGCAUGCAGGCUCGCCAGAGAACUGGAGACCAGCCUCCGCCUGUCCAACGUCCCGACCGAUCCCCACUACCUCUUGGGCUCCUGCGAGGAGAUCGUCGGCGCCUUCAACGAGGCCAUCCGCCGGUUGCACGCAGGAAAUCUGUCUUCCUACCCCUCCCAAAUGCUCUUAGGGGAGGCCCCGGGUUCCCGGCUGGACCCCGGCGCCGGAGAAGGAAGCUCGCGCGGCACGGGUUGCAUGCAGGUGGCCAAUGGUCUGAGAACACCGGUGGUGGGGGCGUGGGGGCUGGAAAUCAACUCCGCCGCUCCCAUGGGGCCCUCGAACUAUCCCGGCACACCGAAUACGGGCGUGGAGUCAUUCGUCGGCGGCGGCGGUGAGCCUCGAUUGGGUGCGGAGAGACCGUUGUCCGGGCGGCGAGCCGACGGGUCUUUGCCGCACAGAUCUUCGAGGACGAGGAUGGACGACGGCACGGUGACGAGGAGGGUGCCGGCGCUUCGGACGGGGAACAUGGAGAUGCCUCCUGACGACGGCUACACCUGGAGGAAGUACGGACAAAAAGACAUACUCAAUUCCAGGUUUCCCAGGCAAGCUUUCGCUUUCGAUCCCCUUGCAGCUUAUCUGCAAUCUACAGUAUCGUGAUUAGCUUCAUCUCCUUGCAUUCAUGGCAGGAGUUACUACCGUUGCACUCACAGGAGUUACUACGGCUGCGAGGCAAAGAAGAAAGUGCAGAGGCUCGACGACGAUCCAAACACGUUCGAGGUCAUCUACUGUGGCACUCACACAUGCCAGACCUCUCCGACUCCCAUCCUGAUACCCACCCUCGUACCCAGCGCCAUCGGCAACAACAUGAACGACAACGACAACGACGACGGCGGCGGCGGCGGCCACCAGCAGGGAGCGUCACCGCAGUCUGCUUCGAUUCAGCUGCGCAACUGGCUCGAGGGCAAUCCGAGGAGCACAGGAACCCUCCUAAUUCCACGGAGUGGAGCUGGUGGCAGCACCAGCAGACAAGUAGGACAGCAGCAGGGUGGUAGAGACAUAGACGGUUCCGUGGCAGAACUCGCGGACGCCAUGUUCAAUUCUGCGAGCAGCGGCAGUAGCAUGGAUGCCAUCUUCUCGCCGAGGCAAGGAAGCUUAUAAGCGUGAUCCAUCAUGAAAGCUAUAGGAUUUAGAUAGCAGACGCAUUCUUUUUGGCCAAGCUUUCCUUUUUCACUAGACAAAUCUAUGCUAGAUUUGUUUUGCUGUCUCGACAUAAAUCCACACCUGAAGUUCUUCAUAUUUAAAGCAUAGUUUUCUUUGUCUUUUCAUUGAACGCAUAAUUCGAAACCUAGUUACUGAUUCUUCUUCCCAAA